CACCGUGCUCCUACCUGGCCAGAUCCGGGAGGCUCAGAGGAGGCAGCGCGGCCGCCGAAGAGGAGAGAGCGCGCCGGCGUGAGCGGCGAGUGUGAAGGCUGCAGGGAAGGGGAUUCGCCGCGGAGAUGCCAGAGUUCCUGGAAGACCCCUCGGUGCUGACGAAAGAGAAGUUGAAGAGUGAGUUGAUCGCCAACAAUGUGACGCUCCCGGCCGGGGAGCAGCGCAAAGACGUGUACGUACAGCUCUACCUGCAGCACCUCACCGCGCGAAACCGGCCGCCGCUCGCCGCCAGCGCCAACAACAAGGGGCCCCCGGACUUCUCCAGCGACGAGGAGCGCGAACCUACCCCGGUUUUCGGCUCUGGAGCCGCCGCCGCGGGCCGAAGCCGCGGCGCCGUAGGCAGGAAAGCCACAAAGAAAACUGAUAAACCCAGACUAGAAGAUAAAGAUGAUGUAGAUGUAACGGAGCUCACCAAUGAAGAUCUUCUGGACCAGCUUGUGAGAUAUGGCGUGAACCCUGGCCCUAUUGUGGGGACAACCAGGAAGCUAUAUGAGAAAAAGCUGCUGAAACUGAGGGAACAAGGAACUGAAUCAAGGUCAUCUACACCUCUGCCAGCAGUUUCUUCUUCAGCAGAAAAUACAAGGCAGAAUGGAAGUAAUGACUCUGACAGAUACAGCGACAAUGAAGAAGGAAAGAAGAAAGAACACAAGAAAGUGAAGUCCACUAGGGAUUUUGUUCCUUUUUCUGAACUUCCAACUACUCCCUCUGGUGGAUUUUUUCAGGGUAUAUCUUUUCCUGAAAUCUCCACCCGUCCUCCUUUGGGCAGGACUGAACUACAGGCAGCUAACAAAGUACAUACUUCUAAGGGAGACCCACCUAGGGAACCUGUUAUUUCCACAACGUUGCCUGGCAAGGGACAGUUGGAGAAGUUAGCCUCUGGAGGGAAUUUGUUUAUUUCCUCCAAAUCUAACCAUGAUAGGUGUUUAGAGAAAAGUUCUUCGUCAUCUUCUCAGCAUCAACUCACUGCUAUGUUGGUCUCAGCUGCAGCUUCUCCUUCAUUGAUUAAAGAAACCACUACUACUUCCUAUAAAGAAAUAGUAGAAAAUAUUUGUCGUGGAGAGAAAAGUGGAAUUCAACCGUUAUGUACUGGGAGAUCUCAUAUUUCAGAUCAUUCGAUUCUCUCCAGUGAAAGGGAAGGAUUAGAAGAGUCUGAGAGAUCACAAGUAAUUUCUCCACCACUUGCUCAGGCAAUCAGAGAUUAUGUCAAUUCUCUGUUGGUCCAGGGUGGGGCAGGUAGUUUGCCUGGGACUUCUCACUUUGUACCCCCAAUGGAUAUAGAAAACACACGGAAGAGAAUUGAUCGAUCUAGUUUUCAAGAAACUGAAUCCCUGUCUCCUCCACGAAAAUUCCCUAGACGCAGUGAGAAGUCGGUAGAAGAAAGGGAUUCAGGUUCCUUUGUGGCAUUUCAAAAUACACCUGGAGAUGAAUCGAUGUCUUCUUUUGCUAAAACUGUUGUGUCUAACUCACUCACUACCUUGGGCAUUGAAAUGUCUAAGCAAUCACAGCAUGAUAAAAUAGAUGACUAUGAACUGUCUUUCCCCCUCCAUGAAUCUAUUUUAAAAGUAAUUGAAGAGGAAUGGCAGCAAAUUGACAGGCAACUGCCUUCGUUGGCAUGCAAGUAUCCGGUUUCUUCUAGAGAGGCACCACGGAUAUUAUCAGUUCCAAAAGUAGAUGAUGAAAUCUUAGGGUUUCUUUCUGAAGGCAGUCCACCAGCAGGUAUUCAGGCAGCCUCCAGUGAGGCUUGUGAUAAGCAGUUAGAUUUAGCACUAUGUAGAACAUACGAAGCUGCAGCAUCAGCCUUGCAGAUUGCAACCCAUGCUGCCUUUGUAGUUAGGGCUAUGCAGGCAGACAUUAGUCAGGCUGCCCAAAUUCUUAGCUUUGAUCCUACUCAAAUGCACCAGGCCCUUAGGAUUCUGAGCAAAACAUACGAUGCAGCCUCAUAUCUUUGUGAAGCUGCAUUUGACGAAGUGAAGAUGGCUGCCCACACCAUGGGAUCUUCCAGUGUGGGCCGCCGCUAUCUCUGGCUGAAGGAUUGCAAAAUUAAUCCAGCUUCUAAGAAUAAGCUCGCAGUUACCCCCUUUAAAGGCGGAACAUUAUUUGGAGGAGAAGGAUGCAAAAUAAUUAAAAAGCGUGGGAAUAAAAACUGAUAAAGUGAAGAACAAAGGCAUCUUUGAUAUGAGGAAUUUAGGAGCUUUUCUAUCAAUUUCAAAUGCUUAUAUGCCAAAAUUUUUAAAUCUUUUUAGUCUACGGAUCGGGCUAAUUUCAGUUACCAAGCUUCUACUCAGUAAAUUAUAGUGUAAAAGUAAAUGCUUACAUACAGCUACCUUUUUUUUUUUUUAAGUUGCCCAGAUGAAAAGCUUGGUACAAACAUUUUAAAGCUUUUUAGGUUGCAUUUCUCCCUCAUAAAUAGUUCCCUGUUUCCUGUUUUACUUAUGCUUUUACACUCUUAAAAAUUAAGAAAAUUGCAAUAAUUAGAAUCUUCACUGUUUUUAGUAGUAUCAUAUGCAGUCCCCUUUAUACCUAGGGCAAAAUUAAAAAAUGGUUACACAUUCAAAACUGAUCUUAUUCUUUUUGAUACUGCCAUUUAAUAUCUUUUUACUUUGUAGAACUUGUCCACAUUAUUGCUCUUAAUCUCACUUUUGUUUGCUUUUUACUUAAGCUACAUCAUUCAUAAUAUUCUAGAUCAGUGCGACUCAAAGUGCCAGUCUGCAAAAUGUUACUGGUCCACAGACAAGAUAAACGUGCACCAGAAUUUAAAUACAGACACACUUUCUAGGGCAGUUGACAGGGUGAGGUGGUUUUUUAGAGUUUUUUUUUUUUUUUUUUUUUUUUUUUUAGUAAAACAUUAUUAAGGCAGCAAUGUAUUGAUUUACAUUCUGGUGCAAGUACUUCGUCUCUUCGUAGACUGGUAGCAAACAGUUCGUGGACCAAUACCAGUCCAUGGACCACACUUUUGAGAAACCCUGCUCUGGACGAUAAUGGAUGUUCCAGGAUAAUACGUUCUCACCAUCACUCUAGUUUGUCAGAUUAGCCAGAUGCUGGAAAGAUGGUUUUUUUUUUUUUUUUUUUAAAUAAUACUUUAAAGGGUGUUGUGGUUCAUGGGGACCCCAGGUGGCACAGUGGCACAAAAGGUCAGCAGUUUGAAUCCACCAGCUGCUCCUUGGAAACCCUAUGGAGCAGUUUUGCCCAGUCCUAUAGGGUCACUAUGAGUCGUUAACCAACUCAACGAAAAUAGGUUUUUAGCAGUUUUCUGGUUCAUGGAUAAUUAGGCUUAGCAAUGUAAAUUUUAAAAGCAAAUUCGAAUUAUUGGUUUUAAAAAAGCCUUAAGAAAUACUCUAUCCCAGUGUUUCUGUCUAUAUAAAGCAAUGUAUUAUUCUUUGGUUUUGUUUUUAUGAUUGUAAGAUGAAACAGUGUAAAUGUAGAAUUUAUUUGUGUAGAACACAAUUUCUUUUGUUUUUAUGGAAAAUGGUAGCCUUAAACAUAAGCAAAAUAUAGUCCCUUUGGUACUCCUCUUAGCCAUUUCCAUAUUCUUAUACUACACAUGUCCAUCUUUACAUCUUACUGAGGGUAAUUUUGUUAUUUGUCUUCCAAAAUGUACAUGUACACAUGUACCUACUAAGUGCUGUGUGAUUAAAAAAGAAUGUAUUACUGUAGAAUGCUUCUGCAAAUUCAAUAAAGUUGUUAAAUUUGAA